GGAGUUGGUAAUGUUAUAUAAAAUAAAAUACAUUCCAAAAAUAAUAUUGAUAAUAAUACAUUGUGGGAAUUCAAAAACAGACAACUCGAAAUGGCUAGUCCAGAGGGAAAAGCUGCAAUUCAUGAAAUGACUUUUGAUUCUUCAAUUAAUUGUGAUAAGAUGAAAGUAUCUGACGAUGUUUCAUUUCAUAACAGAAGUUUACAUUCGGCAAAAGAAAUAGAAACAAACUUUAACCAACAAAUAGAAGAGUUAAAAAAGGAACAAGAAAUGCAAAAGCGGAUAUUGUGGCACACUUUUAACGAAAAAACUAAACAGUUAGAAUUACAACAUAAAUUGGAAUUGGAACACAAACUGCAGUUUGCGGCACAUUCACAUGGCGUAUUCCAGGAAUUGCGUGAACGAGACCGUUUAGUUUCUGAAGAAACCGAAAUCAAAGAACGAAAAGAACGGGAAACAUUUGGUAAAAAAAAGGAGGCCAAUCGAGCCAAUGCUAGUCCGGAAGUGAAACAAAUUUUAAUGAGCUUCCUAAUAAAUAAAAAACAGACGGCUUCAGCGAAUGGAAUGACGACUCAAUCUCCAUAUAGAAACCGGGGAGUAGUUAAAAGUUCAUCUGGCGAAUCAUUACCUGCCGGUGCAAUAGCAACUGCACACCCUUAUAAGAUACCACAAACAUCUGCUGCAGCUUCAAAAUAUGAUUUAGAUUUUCCUCUUCGCAAAACUGCAUCUGAACCAAAUUUAUUGAAAAUACGAUUAAAGCAAAGUGUAAUAGAAAGGAAAGCAAGAAUUGGACCUGGAGCAACCCGAAGGCAGGAACGUUUACUACAAGCAGCGCACAGACGCUUUCAAAAGCAAAAUGCUACCCUAACAAAUUGUUCUAGCAGUACAGCGGACUCUGGUCCCGACUCACCGCCAACUGCAACGGGUUCACGUGGUUCGCCAACUAGUGCUCCUAUUCAGGAGGAAAAUGAAGAUCCUCAAUACCAAUGUGGUAUACGUAGUAAUAUUAAUGAUUUGUCAUUGUUUAGUUCUCCCUCAAUGCCGAAUAUAUCCUUGGGUCGACCUCACCUAUCGAAUGCUCAUCCCUCACCGGUAGCAAAUCUAGCUAUUUUAAAUGCUUUGCAUCAGCAAGCAGCUUUGGCUGCUGCGGCCGUAGUAAAUGUUCAUCCAACACCAAUGUUAGGGGCUUCGUCUAUGCACACAAAUACAUUUUAUUCAGGUAUUUUGCCCCUAGAUCAUCAAAAUAGCACUGGAACGCAAACUUUAGCAAUCACUCCAGAAUAUACUCCCCAAAUACGUGAAUCCACUAAUAAUAUAGGUGUAGGUUCUUUGUCAACAGUGUGCUCUAAUAAUUUAUUAACGGAUGCGCAGGUCGUACAAGCUAGACUAAACAAACAGGCUCAUCGUCCUUUAGGUCGUACACAAUCUGCACCUUUACCGUUAGGACAUUCUAUAUUGACAGGUGGUAACACAGCUAAUAUUGUACAACAAACUCACUACGAAAAUAGUAAUGCACAACAUCAAGCUUCACAGCAACAGCAUAUGCUACUGACGCAAAAAAUUCGGCAAACGGUUUUAACCCGCAGCGGAGUUUCUGAUAAAAAAUUUAAGGCGGAGGCUGCCGAAAUAGUCGAUUUGACAGAGAGGAAAGAGUCAUUUAAAGAAGUUUUUGCUAGCAGUUCUGAGUUACAAAAUACACCUUCUCAACGAAUAACAUCCACUGGUAUAGAUCAUCUUCAAAAACAACAUUCUGUAUCAUCAUCAUGCCGUAACCUUAGCAAACAUGAAAAUUAUCAGCAGUUAAACAUAACGGUAUCAGCGGGAAUCAUCCCGAAACUCACCCGUGAUCAAGAGUAUUUGCAACACCAGCGUGAACUAUUAUAUUUGCGAUCAAUGGAAGACGCGAUGGCCCGAAACAUGAUCCGUCCGUUGUCAAGAACUCUGUCCAGUCCUCUUGUGCAUUUAGGCCCACAUGGAUACGGUACACAUGUACCAGAUACUAAACAGUCUUUAUCAUCAAAUUUAGUUCAGUUUUAUAGUUCAGGUGCUUCUAAUUCAGUUGAACAUAUCCCACCUGUAAACUUAUCUUUAUCCCAUAAAAAAAAGUUGGCAGGAAAUUCUCAUAAUUCAAAAACAGGUUUGGGUUUUGAUAAUUUAAUGCUUAAGCACGCCUGCAUUUGCGGCAAUAAUGCUUCCCAUCCAGAACAUAGUGGGAGACUACAAUCUAUUUGGGCGCGAUUAAUAGAAACUGGCUUAGCAGCGAGAUGUGAUAAACUACGUUCAAGAAAAGCAACACAAGAAGAAAUCCAGACAGUUCACACUGAGGAACACGCUUUGCUCUUUGGAUCGAGUCAAAUUAGUCGGCACAAAAAUGAAACUAGUACGUCUGUUAAUUUUGUAAGAUUAUCUUGUGGCGGUGUGGGUGUGGACUUAGAUACAACUUGGAAUGAACAUCACACGGCUUCUGCUGCUAGAAUCGCGGCAGGUUGUGUGAUUGAUUUAGCAUUUAAAACUAGCAAAGGUGAUAUAAAAAAUGGUUUCGCUGUAGUUAGGCCGCCAGGACAUCACGCAGAAGCAAAUGUUGCCAUGGGAUUUUGUUUUUUCAAUUCAGUAGCAAUUGCGGCUAAACUUUUGAGACAAAAAAUGCCAUUAGUGGAAAAAAUUUUGAUUUUUGACUGGGAUGUGCACCAUGGCAAUGGAACACAACAAGCAUUUUAUGAUUGUCCCAAUGUCUUGUACAUGUCAAUACAUAGACAUGAUGAUGGCAAUUUUUUUCCUGGUACCGGUGGCCCAGCUGAGUGUGGAACUGGUUCUGGUCUCGGUUAUAAUGUCAAUAUUUCGUGGUCCGGAGGUCUGGAUCCACCCUUGGGAGAUGCCGAAUAUUUGGCCGCAUUUCGAACUUUGGUCAUGCCUAUUGCAAGAGAAUUCAGUCCUGAUAUUGUUUUAGUAUCAGCAGGUUUUGACGCAGCAGCUGGACAUCCGGCACCCUUAGGGGGUUACUUAGUAUCACCAGCUUGUUUUGGAUAUAUGACACGAGAAUUGAUGCAGCUUGCAAAUGGUAAGAUUGUACUAGCGUUAGAAGGUGGUUACGAUUUACCAGCAAUAUGUGAUUCCGCUCAAGAAUGUGUUCGAGCUUUACUUGGGGAUGAUUUAACAAAAAUUUCAGAAGAAGAAUUAUCCCGACCCCCUUGUCAAAACGCUAUUUGUACGUUACAGAAAACAAUAGCAAUUCAGAUGUCACAUUGGCCCUGCGUAAGACGUUUAGCACAUACAAUUAGUAUGUCUGCAGUAAAGGUUAUCAAAGCUGAGAACGAAGAAUGUGAAGCUCUCACAGCCAUGGCUGGCCUUACAAUGCAGCCCCUUAACAGCAAUAUAGCUCCCAGUAGAAACCAGGAACCAAUGGAACAAGAAGAAAGUAAAUGAAUAAAUAAGUGAACGAGAAAAUGAAAAUUUGCUGUUAGAUGAAAUACCGACAAAGUUAAAGACAAAAGUGAUAAAUAGAUGAAAAUCUUAUUUUAAAAACAAAAAUAAACGUAAUAUUAAUAUGAUAACUAUCAUGUACCCAAAUGGUUCAGUACAUGCACAUGUAUUCAAUACAACUAUAAUAUAUAAUGAAAAGGAAAGACAUGGCUUCAAUGACACUGUCCAAAUUGUUAAAUACUUUUAUUAUUACAAGAUCUUUAGUCAUUUUUAAGUUUUUAAGUUAAAUAAGUGAUACUCUACAAGUAAAAAUUACUACAUAAUUGCCUAAAAAAAAUAAUUUCUAAAAAACAAUUGAAUAAGUUAUUGAAACAUUUAGAAAUGGUUUAAAACUCUCGUCAAGGGAGCGCUCAAAAAGUGGAAGAAGCUGAUUUAAUUAAGAUGAGUUGAUGAAUGUUGAGAUAUAGACGUUAAAUUAAAAUAAACUAUAGAAUGUAACAAAAUUGCUUUGAAAAGCAGUUUACACAAUAUUUUUAUAUAAUGAACUACAUAUAUUUUCAAGAUUUUAGCAAUUACUUUUUUUUCUUGAACAACUUCUCAGAAAUGAUAAUUGCUAAUUUCUUCUGUUAAAUGUUUGUAUUAACGUUAUAAUAGGCAACUAAAUUAAAUUACGGGUAACUAAAUUAAACUACCCGGUAUCAGACGUGUAACUUUAUUUUUAAUUUACGUUAUUACCAAAUUGUGGGGCUGAAUUAAGUAAAUUUACGAAAAUUUCACAUUUCUGAUACCGGGUCUUGUUUAAAAGAAAAUCAAAUAUUAUAAUUUGCAAUAUCAACAAAAAUGAAAACGCUACACUCUUUAGAUUAUUACAAGUAGAACUUUCAUUAUGUUAAAAAAGCUUCUAUAUAAACACAAUUAUGUUUCAAAUGUGUCAAAAUAUUGAAUUUAGUUAACAGUAAUAAUAGUUUAAAUGAAUGUUGAAAUAAUAAUAUUAAUGUUUCUAAGACA